AUGUGGUUCUAUCCAUAUUUGGCAUUUAUAAUUGCAGAUUGGCCUGAAGCGUGCAUGAUGUGUGGCGUUUAUGGUUCACCAAAUUUUUUACAUCCAUAUCAUUUCUGUUUGGUGGAACGUAAUAUGAUGAAUGAUGUUCAUAUUGCAAAAGAAGAUAUUCAUAUUCGUAAUGAAAAUGAUACUAAGAAUGCUUUACGUUGUGAUAUUGACAACGAAACAGUUCAAAUUGAAGUAUUUGAGUUUGCAUACUUAGAUAAUGAUAAUAGAAUGGUUGUUCAUGCAUCUUCUAAUUAUUAUAGACAAGCAGCCUUCUCUGAUAUUUGUGUUAAAAUAGAUAAAGCAGAACAAGACGAUUAUUUAACAAAUAAUGGCUUAUGUUAUGCAAAGGUUCUUCUUAUUCUUCGAGUUACUUCAACAAAAUUGGAGCAGAAUCUUGAACUGCACUUGUUUACUGGUAUGAUUUUGCAUAUCCAACUAAUGAACAAUAACAUUAUUUUUACAAGUGCGUAA